AUGGUGAUUCGCCAAGUGGUUCCACAAGAAUCUGUUCUAGGCGUAUACGUCGUUUCUCUGGAUAAAGCCCUCGAGACCAAUCAUCUUUCAGCCAGAGUGGGUGAUAACGUUGAAAUAAAGUGUGACGUAACAGGAUCCCCGGUUCCUCCCAUAGUGUGGAGGAGAAAUCACAUCGACUUAGCUUCGCUCAACGAGGAGGAUGUUCGAGUAUUCGGAGACGGAAGCUUAUAUCUCACUAGGAUUCAGCUACAGCAUGCAGGAAAUUAUACCUGCCACGCACAAAGGAAUAAGGAUAUCGUGCAGACUCAUAUGUUGACUGUUCAUACUGUACCAGAAGUUCAUGUAACACCAAGAAUUCAAUCAAAGAGACCUGGUGAAGAUGCUUCCAUGUUGUGUCAUGUUGCGGGUGAACCUUUUCCGAAGGUUCAAUGGCUAAAAAAUGAUGAACCUUUGAAACUAGAUCCUUCAAGAAAAUAUCAAAUUAUAGGAAACGGAACUGCUCUCAAACUACGAAAUAUUGUAUUCGCAGACACUGGAGCGUACAUGUGCCAAGCUACCAGUAUAGGUGGCCUAACAAGAGACAUCAGCUCUCUGGUUGUUCAGGAACAACCCAUACCAAGUUCUCCUAACGAGGAACGGCGAUUCUUUGCUUUUCACGACUGGGGAGUGUCCAUCUAUGAGCCUUCCACGUGCCGGCUUUACCACCGCAUCCAGUCGACCGACAUUAUUCCUGGCACGCAGGAAUAUGUCUGCGGUGACAAAGGCAUAAAAUGUGAGUGGGGACGAGCUAUCAACGUUGCAAAUCGAUACGUGUAUGCUAGCCAGCCCAACAGAGACAGGAUUCUCAUAAUUUCCAAAGUACAGAUGGUUGUUGUCGACGUUGUUAGUACUGAUAAGUUUCCUGUGGAACUUCACCAUGUUCCACAUUUGGAUCAAGUUUGGGUUCUCAACUGGAGGUCACCAAAUGAUACUGGGAUUAAAACUAUCCAGGUGAUCAGAGAUGCUGGGCAAAAAAGAAAACACCACACAGUACAUCCCGAACCUAUCGAUGGUCAAUUCGAUCUUGUCACAGGACUAUUUAUACCUUCUCCUUCGCAGGAAUUAUCACAUUACAGCUUCAAAUAUGGAUACGUGACUCACACAAAUCAGCGGGGAUUAUACAAAUUAGACUUGGUGAAUCUUAGGUAUACUAGGUCGGUGGAUCUUACGCCAUACAACUGCGUUCCCGCUCAAGUGAGAUUUUCUGCUUUAUACGGAAUGGUAAUAAUGCAGUGUCUAGAGCCAGUUACCAAUAGGCCAACCGGACAGCUUAUUCUGGAUUAUUUAACUGACAGCGUGAUUGGCACUAAACCGAAUCUACCAGGAGUGCCCUUCAUUUCUCCGGAUUCCAGAAAACUGGUUACACUCGAUCGAACAACUUCCGGUGCAACUUUGAUUGUACAGGAAAUCACAGCGGAAGGAUUGAUAUUCAUUUUCGACGUGAAGACAAGUUUGAAUAUAUCAGACGUAACUUUCUAUCCCAGUCAGUCGACCCAUAGCUACGAUAUCUAUGCAACUGCUCAAGACAAAGAAGGCAUAGUCUUUCUGAAUUUGCUCACAGGAAAAGUAGAAGUUAUCACUGGAGUUGGUAGAGCUAUUCCAGUACAGUUGACAAAAUGGGGAAAUCCCAAUCGGCCAAUAAGUGCAUCAGGUCUUUUUGGACAAUAUAUGGUAACGCCUGCAAGUGAAGCAUUAUUCGUCAUCAAUGGUCGUUCCAGAACAGUGAAUUGUGAAAUUGGAGCUGUCUCACAUCCAAGCCAAGUAGUUUGGACUAUUUUGAAGUUCCAUUAAUAUUAUGGUGCCCCCAAAGAAUCUAUCAACCAAUAGAUAAUAUCACUAAGUAUUUUGUGUUAAUUUUUAUACUUGUAUGCAUACCAUGUAAAAUAAUUUGUAUGUCUGAUAUAUUCCUUUACAAGUGUAACCUCCGUAAAUCCUAGAAGUUAUAAGAUAGACCUGGUUAUUUUCGAAAGUGUCAGUCUAUAAAGUGAUAGCUCAAAUUUAGUUUUGCUAUUGUAUAACAUUAAUUUGUAAUCUCACUCUGACAGAUUUGUAUUAUCGAAAUAAAAAUAAUUCGGAUGAAUUAUAACUCGGACUGUUUAACACAUUAUAUAUCACAAUAAUAUUAAAGAAAUGUCCAGAGAGUCAUAGAUCGUAUAGGAAUAUAUUUUAUGAAAAAUAAGAUUAUAGUAAUCGAGUUCAAAUUGAUUUUUGAAAUUAGUGAUAUUGAGACAACUGUUCACUGAUCAAUAAUCUGAGAUUAUGGAUUCAUUAUGGUCCAAGUAAUAAACCCCACAGGUGGCGUUACGAUGAAUGGAAGUCCACCAACAGACUCUCUUUUAUUCAUCUUCAAUCAGCUACUUUGCUGGAAAUAAACCUCAGUCAUCGUUGAAUCAAGGUUUAUAUAGUAUUUCUUAUCCUCGUAAUUUCAUCUUAUUUUGAGAGAUAUUAUUUCUUUUUUAUCUAUGUUGCUACUGUAUGACUCGUUGAAACCAGUGGGAUAGAUCAAAUCCUGUUCGAAAAAUACUUAAGAUCAAAAGAGAAAAGAAGCCAUUGAUGAUAGUGGUGAUAAUAAUAAAUAUCAGAGGUGAACAGAGAGUGUUUAUUUGACUAUAGCGUCCUUUUUUUCAAUAAAAAUCAUAUUGCAAACCAGUCAAGUCCACAAAACUUAAUCGACAAUUUUUGAACUGUGUUUUUGAUAUACCGUAUGAUUCAAGACUCAUACCGAAGUUAGAGAACGCAACACAUCAUCUUAAGGAUGAAAUAUAUCCAAGAAAAUAGUCUGAAUCUGAGGAUGUAAGAAACGUUGAUCAUAAGAGAACUUCGGUUCAAUUAACACUUCUACAGUGACGCUCAACUGUAUCGAGUCAACAAUAUCUGAAUUCAUAAGAAAAAAUCAUCGUGACGCUUUCUGUGUCAUAAAAAACUGUACAUGAAUACUCAUAGAAAAAAACAUAUUUUGGAGUUUUUUAUUGCGGAGUUAUGUAUAUGACAGUAGUUUUGUGAUACAACCUAAGUUUUAAAAAAAAAUGUCAUUGUUCUAUUACUGUUAACAAAGGAAUAUCAUAUCUAUUUAUUUUCACUCCACUAUACAAUGAAAACUCCACAGUAAAUAUCAACCAGUGAAAUGACUUCACCCCUACUUUGAAAAAUUGUAUUUCUAGUGAUGUUAGUAUUCAUUCUACAAUUAAUUUUGGUAAUUUUUGUGAAAGUUUAUCAACAACGUUAUAAAAUCUUUGAACGAGUUGAAAAAUAUCUAGAAAGGAAUAACAAUUAUAUUCCUAUCAAGGAUGAAGUGCUGUUAUCGAGUAUGCUUUUGAUUCGAUCACUAUGUAAAAUUUUUGGGUUCAAAAUCACUGGUUGCCAAAUUUUGAAAUUUUGAAACAAAGCUUCAGAUUAUGAAAGGAUUUGAAAACAUAUCAAAGGAGUUAUUGGAAUCAGAUGACUGACUUUAUAUCACGUUUCAAUUCAAAAUUAUAUUGAUUAUAUAUUCGGCGUGAUUCAAUAAAUUUUGCAGAAUUUAAUAUUUGAUGACAAAUAUUCUCCAUAUUCAUUCAAGUAUAUGACAAUUUUCCGUAUUCUUUGGUCAGGUAAUAUGUCAAAACCAACUUUGAAAUACAAAUUUUUAUACCACCAAGACUCUAGAGGGGAUUUUUUUUGUUCUUUAGUAAAAAUACAUUUUAAAUUUUGAGAGUUGGGUAUAAACCAAAGAAUUUGGAUUUUAAUUUACAUAUAUUUCCAUUCAUUAUCAUUAGAAUGUCUUCUUGUAAGCCAGUUGGUAUUGAAAAAAGUAGACCAAUGGCUUUGAAUAUACUCAUUCCUCAAAAGAUAGGACCAACUAUUUGACUUCAAAUAUUUUGUUUGGUAUUUUCAUUCUGAAACUUUGAUUCGAUCCCAUUACCUUGAAAAUCAAAUUCGACUUAAAUAAAUUCAUAACAUUUUUUCAAUGUUCUGGUAGAUUGUUUUGUUCGAGAUUUUUUUUUGUAAAUAUUUAUCAUGAAUCUAAUAUAAUUCCGGUGGAGUUGAAUGAAAAUUUCUGUAUAGUUCUUCAUUCCUCCAAUGAAUAUGUAUCUUAUCACCACAUAUUUUUCCCAUUCCAUAAAUUAUCCUAGAUGUUGAAGUAUAAUUUUAUUCUGGCUAGCUUUUUUGUAGAAAUAUCUCCUUCAUGAAAGCUUUCAAAUGUUGUUCACUGUAUCACCAAAGAGGCUUAUUGUAUUAUAAUGACAUACAUAGGUGCCGAGGUACAAUAUUGUUUAUACAUGAUAUAUGAAAUAAAUCAUUAUACAAUAAGAUAA